GUCCGACUUCCGGGCUGAGCGGGGGCGGGGCGGGGCGGGCGUGCGCAGAGAUGGACCAAAAGCUCUCGCAGCUGGUUGAAGAGCUCACAACCUCAGGAGAAACCCAGUUGAAUCCAGAGAAAAUGAAAGAAUUCAAGAAAAUUUGCAAGUCUUCAGAUGAACAUAUUAACCAUGCAUAUCAUCUACUCAUGACACAGCUGAACAAAGAACAUGCUGAGAUACGUUUCUCAGCUUUUCAAAUUGUGGAUGAGUUGUUCACACGGUCGCAUCAGUUCAGAGCAUUAAUUAUCUCAAACUUUCAAGAGUUCUUGGAACUCACAGUGGAAACAGACCACGAGCAGCCUCUUCCCCCGCCAAAAGAAGUAGCGCACAAACUGAAAAAAGCAGCCAUUAAAUCGGUACAAGACUGGCAUGAGAAAUAUGGAGAGGCCUACAAGAUGCUUUCUCUGGGAUACCAUUUCUUAAAACAGAAUAAGAAGGUGGAUUUUCAAGAUGUAAAUGCCAGGACUCUGGCUGAAAGGAGAAGGGAGGAAGAGAAGCAAAAACGACUGGAGAACAUUAACAAAGAAAAGGCGAAAAGAGCUCAGGAAGAAAUGGCAGAAAUGUCCAAAGAAAUUCAAGACACUCUGACAGAGAUGGAGAAUUGUUUCCGGCUUUUGAUGCCAGAUCCGUUUGACUUCACUGUGAAUGACGCAGAGUUAGAACCUGUCAUAGAGAAGACUGCUAAUGAGGGAGAACCUGCUUCCAUAUCCAUGCAGCUAGCAGACUGCCAACCAUCUUCUCUCAGGCAUAUAGAUGAUGAACAACCUUGUUGCAGCAAGGACCUUCCUUCAGUUUUACCAUGUUUAAAAGCUGAUAAAAAUGGAGACAUGAAUGAAGAACUAGAGACAAGUGACCGGAGGGGAGCAGAUGGAGAGGGAUGUUCAGAAGUUGAAUUAGCUGGUGCCACUGGUGGUGAUGACUAUGAAACAUUUGUUAGGAGUCAUGGGCUUGGCUCUCAUAAAUAUACCCUUGACCUGGAAAUCUCCACAGAUAUAAAAAUUCAUGAGAAUGAAGACAAUACUUCCAUAAUAAACAGUAUCCUGGAUGCUCACAAACUUAUUGGAAAUAAAUUCUUGCCCUCCGUGCAGUUGUGGAUUCAGUCGUUCACUCGAGCAGGAAUAAGUGAUGAUCGUUUAAGGUGUGCCAUUGAUCUUAAGAAUAAAUUAGAGACGGCUCUGGAGAAACAUAAGGACAUGAACAUUGACUAUAAAGAGAGGAAAAGAAAAGUGAUGAAAGUCUCAGAUGAUGAUGAUGAUGAUGAAGACGAAUUUGUGGAGGUCCCUGAGAAGGAAGGUUAUGAGCCCCACGUUCCAGACCACCUGCGUAAGGAGUAUGUGUCCAGAGACCUCAAACAAGCCUAUAUGAAUAUGUGGACUAAGGGAUCUCUCAGUCUUAAAACAAGCAAUUCAAUUAAGG